AUGUCUCUCUCCGCUCGUACUGCUGUUGUGUCCCGGGUGACCAACGAGACCAAGAUCCAGGUUUCGCUCUCCCUGGACGGUGGUGUUCUCCCACCUUACGAUCCCACCACCCACUUCGCCGCCCCAACAGACCCCCAAGAAGCCGAAGCCGCCAAGAAGGGAAUUGUUCCUGAGAAGGGAUCCGGCCAUGCGACACAGUUUACUCCUACCCAGCAGAUCACCAUUACCACUGGUAUUGGGUUCCUGGACCACAUGCUGCAUGCGCUAGCCAAGCACUCAGGAUGGAGUUUGGCGGUCCGGGCCAAGGGUGAUUUGUUCAUCGACGACCACCACACAGCCGAAGAUACUUUCCUCGCCCUCGGUACUGCUUUCACCAAAGCCCUCGGCGCACGCCAAUCCCUCGCCCGCUUCGGUCGUGGCGAUGCACCCCUCGACGAGGCUCUUUCCUGGGCUGUCAUCGAUCUGUCCAGCCGUCCUUGGGCUGUGAUUAACCUCGGAUUUAAGCGUGAGAAGAUCGGUGAUCUGAGCACAGAGAUGAUCACCCACGGAUUGCAGAGCUUUGCGCAGGCGGCGGAUGUGACCCUCCAUGUUGGAUGUACCUAUGGUGAUAAUGACCACCACCGUGCGGAGAGUGCGUUCAAGGCGUUGGCUGUUGCUAUUCGCACAGCUUGUGCCAGGAGAGUUGCUGGUGAGGUUGGCGCGGGUGAUAUUGUUAGCACCAAGGGUGUACUCUAA